GCUCCACUUACUUCGUCGCCCCUUUUAAAGAGAACAGAGAGCGGGAGUUGCAGACCCAACAAAAGCUUUACACGAGAGAGAGAGAGAGAGUGUGUGUGUGUGAGAGUGGGGGGGAGAGUGGUGGAGAUUCGUGUCAAUGUGACGUUAAGCUCCGAUUGAGAGAGAGAGAGAGAGAGAGAGAGAGAGAAGGGGGGAGAGGAAGCUUACCGGAAAGUGACGAACCGUGCGGGAAAAUGACGACGGGGAUAAUACACGACCAGAAUCUGGAAAAGCAGAUUGAGAAGCAGAUGGGUUGUAUGGCUGGUUUCUUCCAACUAUUCGAUCGUCACCAGAUUUUGGCUGGGAAAAGGCUAUGCUCCACGAAGCGCCUAACUUCCACCGCGGCUGUUGAUUCCACGGCAGAGUCGGAGAAGUCCAAUGGGUCGCUUGCGGUUUCGGUAGAAACGGAAAAGCCACAGCAAACAAGACCAAUCGCGUCGCCGAGUCCAGAUCGUAUGAAAGCUUCUCCGCUGGUGGAGCCUCGAUCUCCGGCGGCGGAGGUCGUAACGUCAGCAGAAAAGACGGGUAAAUCGCCGCUUCCUCUUCCGGUUUUUGAGUUCAAGGAGGGGACGAGGUCAUCCUGGAAGUUCAGCAAAGAAGCGCCGAGGCUUUCUUUGGACAGCAGAGCAACUGUCGAUGCAAAGGGAAGUCUUUACCCGAGGGAGAUCCGAACAAAUGCCGCCACACCAUCGGUGAAUCGACGUGAGAACUUCGACGACGGAGCUACAGUCGAUGGUGACGACAAGCGUCGAUCUCCGAGUGUCAUUGCGCGGCUAAUGGGCCUUGAGCGAUUACCAGAAUCAAGUGCAGAACCUAUGAAGAAGGCGGAGCUGCGGAGAUCUGCAUCGGAGUCUAGAGUUUCAAGGGAUCUAUUUCCGAAUCGUUUCAUUGACGGUAAUAAUUUCCAGCUAAAGCAACCGAUCCAAUCUCAUAAUGUUGGGAGUAACAUUUCGAGCAAUGUGUUGCGAGACAAUGCAGGGAUUGAAAGCACCAGCAACUCGUUCAAUCUUAGACCACUCGAUACAAAGGAAUAUUCAGGCAGAAAUGCGAGGACUGAACCGCCGAAGCCUUCUUAUAGGACCGCAGGGUCAUCGACAUGGAAAUCGUCUCAGCAGCGGAAGAGUUUCUUUGAUUCAGAGGACUUAUUUCCCGAGCCAAAGCAGACAGUAUCAAUCUUUGGAGAGAUUGAGAAGAGACUAAAGAUGAGAGGUAUCGACGAGCCAACCAAGGAUCUCGAGACCUUGAAGCAGAUCCUGGAGGCUCUGCAACUCAAAGGACUUCUACAUUCUAAGAAGUCUUCAGAACAUGUCAGACAAAGAAACUUCGUAUAUGAGCAGAGCUUCUCGUCGGACGAAUCACCGAUCGUCGUCAUCAAACCCUCGAGAUUACCAGUUUUGCCCAUCAACCGAAGCUUUAUGAACGACUCUUCUCCAGCAAUUGUCAGAAACAGAGCCAGUGUCCGCCGGAAUCUCAGCAACACCAUCGACAACCUCCCAUCAGUUAGUCCACGGCGGGAACGGCCGGAGAUCAAUCGGAACGAACGGAAUCAAUUAAGAGCGAGAAAUUCGAGCUCGCCGACUCGGAGGGAGAAUAAUGCUAAGAGUCCGAAUUCACCAGGGAGAAGACGACCAUUAAGCGUUGAGACUCAAAGAAAAGCCAGCGAGUCCAUUGAGCAGAGAAGAGCAUCUCCUGUUCAUUCCCCAAAAUUCAGCCCGAGGAGGUGCGGAUCAGAUCAAACCAUCGCUUCUCGAUCACCGCGGAACAGGAAACCAGUGGUUGACAUUGAUCCUAAGGAUAAGAUUACCAUUCCUAUGGUUGGAGAGGAUGAAUUAUCCUCCAUUUCCGAAGGCAGCGUCAGUACAUCUUCUCAAACCGAUACAGAGAGAUCGAAAAUGGAGGAAUACAAAGGAGGGAGAACCCUGCUGGAGAGGUGCGACAAGCUGCUCCACAGCAUUGCAGAGAUGACCGGGACCGAGUUGCAACCGAGUCCCGUCUCUGUCCUUGACUCGUCCUUCUACAAGGACGAAUCGUCUCCUUCACCUGUCAAGAAACGGACCAUCGAUUUCAAAGAUCAACUUGGCGAAUUUGAAGAGGAAAUCUGGAGCCCUGCGUUCUCGCCGAUUCAAUCGAAAUGCGAAGAAAAAUCCGAUGAUUGUGAUUUGGACUACAUCUGUGAUAUCCUUCGAGCUUCCAAUUACCUUCCUGAAGACUCCGAUGUAUUCCUAUUACUGGAGAAGCAACAGUACCUGAAAGGGAAAGACACCUCGAAAGUGUCCAGGCUCAAAAGGAAGCUGAUAUUCGACAUCAUCGCUGAAAUUCUUGAUCGGAACCGGCAAUUGCCUCCGUGGAAAGUCCUUUCACGGCCUAAUUCCAGCACUAGUCCGUCGCUGCCGCAGAUUUGGUCCGAAUUUCAAAGAAUCCGGGAACGAGACGCCGCCGAGGACUUGUUCGACGUAAUUUGCGGCGUUCUGCGGAAGGACUUGGCCGGCGACGCCUUCAACGGCUGGGAAGAUUGCCCCGUGGAGAUGUCCGAGGCCGUGCUGGACAUCGAACGGCUGAUAUUCAAAGACCUUGUUGGCGAAACAAUCCGAGAUCUCGCUACAGUGGCCGCCAACUAUACCACGGUCUCAGCGCCUCGCAGGAAAUUGGUUUUCUGAUCAAUUUUCGCGCGCGCUCGAGCAAUCUCAUGUUUCCCCAAUUAGCGAUUGAAUUUUAUUUUAUUUUAUUUUAUUUUUGGUUGUGAUAAAACUUGGGAAUCUGGUUUCGGGUGUUUUCCCAAGUUCUAACCAGAAAACAAGAAAAAAUCUAGCGCCUGCUUUUAUCAGUUUAAAAAGUGCAUAUAUGCGUAUACUUUCAUC